AUGACGCUGCGCGUGCUGGGCGAAGCUAUGAUGAAGCGCCGGGCGUUCUUCAGCGCGCUGGCCAGCAGGAAAAGCAGCGAGGCGAUAGGCCACAACGGGAACGGCUCUCCGGGCGGACGGAACCGCAGCAGCACCAGCAGCACCUCCGCGACCAGAGUGGUAGCCAACACCGCCCCGGCGCACACGGGCAGCACCCUCCGGUCUCCCUCACACUCCCUGAGCUACUUCUACCUGCAUCUGCCAGAGCCCAGCCAGGGGCUGCCCCAGUUCUCCAUUAGGGGCUACCUGGACGGUCAGCCCAUCAAUCGCUAUGACAGCCUCACCUGGAAGAUGGAGCCUCUGGUGCCCUGGAUGGAGGAGGUGGACAAGGAGAACUUUCUGGCCCCUAAAUGGGUCUUCAGGGCUGACCUGCAGAAGUUAUCAAAACUGGGCCACCGUGCUGGAGGGCUUCACACCUGGCAGGUGGUUUUGGGCUCAAGGAUCUCGCAAGACGGGAGCAAAGGAGGGUUUUUGCACUAUGGCUACGAUGGGAUGGACUUCAUCAGCUUCGACAAGGAGACCCUCAGAUGGGUGGCAGCUCAGCCCCAGGCCCAGAAGCUCAAGGAGGAGUGGGAGGAUGACUCAGGAUGGUCUGAGGGAAACAAAGACUUCCUGGAGGAGCCCUGUAUUGAGUGGCUGCAGAGAUACCUGUCCUACAGGAACAAGACUCUGCGGAGGAUCGAGCCCCCAGUGGGGAAGGUGACCCUCAAGGAGGUGGAUGACCACCUGGAGGUCCUCAUCUGCCAGGCCUUUGGCUUCUACCCCAGGGAGAUCCAGGCCACCUGGACCAGGGACGGAGAGGUCUGCAAGUACGGGACCCUCCCUAGGAACGUGGCCCCCAACUCGGAUGGGACCUAUUAUGUCUGGCUCAGCAUUGAUAUCGACCCGAAGGAGAGGGACCAUUAUCGGUGUCGCCUAGAGCACCAGGGCUUGCAAGAGCCCCUGGUGGUCGUGUGGGGAUCCUGGGCUACCUCUGAUGGAUUGCUCUUCAGGGGAAGAUCCGGCUCAGCUCAGCCUCUCUGGCCCAUCAGCUCCGAG